AUGUCCCCCAAGCCUGCCUGCGUGGUGACCAGCGAGCCGUCCUUCCCGACAGCUUCAGACGCUGCCCCUGCCACCAAGGCCGGUCUGUGCGCUUCCUGUGCCCAGUCCCCUCCCUGCAGCCCCAACCCAGCGCCUCCACCCGCUGGCGCCGAAGGCGAACUGCGGGGCGCUCCCAAGAAGGGCAGGGCACGGCGCGGGGGGCGCAGCCGCCCCAAAAGCGACGCUGCACUAAGCAGACAGCGGCGCAGUCGGCGCAUGAAGGCCAACGACCGAGAGCGCAACCGGAUGCACAACCUCAACUCGGCGCUGGACGCGCUGCGAGGCGUUCUGCCUACGUUCCCGGACGACGCCAAGCUCACCAAGAUUGAGACGCUGCGCUUUGCGCAUAACUACAUCUGGGCGCUGACGGAGACGCUGCGCAUGGGGGAGCACGGGCUCCGGGGACUGGGUCUGGGCUUGGGGCUGGGCCUGGCUCCACCGCCUCUUCCCUCUGGGGAGCUUGGCAGCCCCGGCAGUACCUCCUCCUCCUCCGCAGGGGAGUGGGGCUCGCUCUACUCUCCGGCCUCGCAGGCGGGCAGCCUGAGCCCCACCACCUCGCUGGAAGAGGCUCCACUCCUGCACGCGUCCGCCUCCCCUGUCUGCCUGGGCCCGGAAAGGCUGUCUUUCCCUGACUUUGUGUAA